AAAUUGGCGGGGGGCUUCUACUGUCUAUACCAUAAAAUCAAUACAUUCACUCCCACACUCCCUGUAUCUAUAUAUAUCUAUAUCUAUAUCUAUAUUUAUUAAAUAAUAAUAAAAUAAGAAUUAAAGAAAAAGGAAAAAGGGGGGAAAAUGGAGGAUGAAGAAGUGCGGCGGCAAGAGAGGCUUCUAGAAAGGGAAUUAUAUCAAAUAGAACAAAUCAGGCAAUUGGAUUCUGAAGAAUUACAAGUCGAAGAAGUUGAACACGGCCAUCAAUCUUCCGACGACGACGAUGAUAAUGAUCCUAUUGAUGACCGCGCAUUUGCUGGGACAACUGCAUCUGGUGGAUAUACCUUUAAUACUUCUUUGGCUUCUAUGCACUCUUACCUUGGUGAGGUUGAAGAUACUCAUAAUAGGCUCACUUUCCUGGAUGGUGGUGUUUUAUUGCAUGUACCACUAUUUUAUCUUGAAGGUGUGGUUUUGUUCCCAGAAGCAACUCUUCCACUGAGAGUAAUUCAACCUAAUUUUAUAGCUGCUGUGGAUCGAGCACUGAAACAAGUUGAAACUCCUUACACCAUAGGCGUGGUUCGUGUGUAUCGGGAUGGUGACGACGGGAGAAUAAGAUUUGCAACCACUGGGACAACGGCUGAGAUUCGGCAAUAUCGGCGUUUGGACGAUGGUUCCAUAAAUGUAGUUACCCGUGGCCAGCAGCGGUUUCGUUUAAAGCGUCGCUGGAUUGAAAUUGAAGGAGCACCAUGUGGUGAGAUUCAAAUCAUUGAAGAAGAUUUGCCAUUAAGGAUGCCACGAGAUGCUGUUGGAGAUCUAGCACCGUUAAAGAACUUGUCAGCGGCUAAUGUUUCUCACUCUAAAUUACUAGUUCAUGGAGAUCAGGACAAUGAUUCAGACGAUAGUUUUGAGAGUGAAUUAUCACUAACUGAAAGGAGAUUGCAUAGCUCUGCACUUGUUACUUCUUAUCAAUCUAAUUUGUUUGGUGAAUCAAGUAGUGAUGAUGAGAGGCCUAUGCAUAAACCUAAGCUUAAAUCAGAAAAGCCUAGUCCAUUCCGUUCCAUCAAUAAUAGUGGGACAAAAAGGAGAAAUCACUCAUUACGUGCUCUUAGAGAAUGCCCAAGAGCAUAUUGGCCUAAUUGGGUUUAUCAGAUGCAUGACUCCUAUUGUCUUGCUCAAAGGUUAUCAGACAUGUGGACAAAAGUAGUAGGGACACCGAGCAUGGAUGCACUCGUCAGGAAGCCCGGUCUUCUUUCUUUUCAUGUUGCAAGUAAGAUUCCCGUGUCAGAGUCAACAAGACAAGAGCUUUUGGAGAUCGAUGGAAUUUCGUAUCGGUUACGUCGUGAAAUUGAGUUGCUUCAAAAUUUUGAUAAAAUCAAAUGCAGAAGCUGUCAGACUUUGAUUGCGAACCGUAGUGAUAUGUUGGUGAUGUCUAUUGAAGGGCCUCUUGGCGCUUAUGUGAACCCGAGUGGCUAUGUACAUGAAAUCAUGACGCUUCUAAAAGCAAAUGGAUUAGCACUAGUUGGGGUUCCCACAAAAGAGUAUAGCUGGUUUCCUGGAUAUGCAUGGACGGUAGCAUAUUGUGCGACAUGUGAAUAUCAGAUGGGCUGGCUUUUCACAGCUACACAGAAGAAACUGAAGCCUCGUUCAUUUUGGGGCAUCCGGAGUUCUCAAGUAGCAGAUGAUACACAUUGAGCCCACACAACAAUCAACUGGCUUAUCCCAUUAAUCAUGCACUUGCAGGCAUCAAAACUUGUAUGACAUCGUUUCUAGUCCAUCUUGGUUUUUAUUUUCGAAAUCUUAAACAGCUGGAGUAAUUCACUAAAAGUUUUCUGGCGAGUAAUGUUAUCCUUAAUACAGUGUCAUACUGUCAUUUGUUUCUGGUAAUAAGUUUGCUAGUGUUUUAUGUUAAA